AUGUCUUGCUCAACUGUAAGCUGCUAUAAAGCUGAGCUGCAAGGUAGUAAUCAUACAUUUCCAAUACUAUAUCAGCCAUCUGCAGCUGUUACCAUCCUUCAGGCCAGUGUGAUGAUUUUCACUAUAGUGACAGAUAUUGUUGGCAAUGCACUGGUGAUUCUCUCUGUAUUACAAAACAAGAAACUUCAAACUCCAAGUAAUAUCUUUGUUAUCAGCUUGUCUGCAGCAGAUUUGAUGGUUGCUCUCUACCCUUAUCCAUUAAUUACACAUGCCAUCUUACAGAAGACAUGGACCCUGGGUCAUGUUCAGUGCAAAGUGACAUCAAUAAUAAAUGGCCUUAGCCUCACUGGAUCUGUCUAUAACAUAUUGUUGAUAGCAAUUAACAGAUACUUCUGCAUUUGUCACAGUAAUAAAUAUGAUAAGAUCUACAGCAUGAAGAACACCAGCUGCUAUGUUUUCCUGACAUGGAUAGCAAUCAUUGCUUUACUAUUGCCAAUGGCCACAACUGACACCUUGCAAUAUGAUCCACGGAUAUAUUCUUGCGUAUUUAAUAUCACUGCAAACAUGUCGUUAACGCUUAUUAUGGCAGCCUUCCAGUUCAUAAUACCCAUAACUAUUGUGCUCUUCUGUUACCUGAGGAUCUGGAUUUUGGUCAUUCAUGUCAAGUAUCGCAUCAGACAGGACAGCAAACAAAAGCUGAAACCUAGUGAAGUGCGAAACCUCUUGACUAUGUUUGCAGUUUUUGUUACUUUUGCAAUCUGUUGGGGCCCAUUCAGUUUUAUAGGUUUAGUGGUUGGCUUUAGCCCUACUGGAAAGGCUCCUACUGUUCCUGACUGGCUACUUGUACAGAGUUACUUCAUGGCCUACAUCAACAGUUGCCUGAAUGGGAUUGUUUAUGGAGUUUUUAACCAUAAUUUUCGAAGUGAAUACAAGAAAAUUGUCUUGUCCCCAUGCACCUUUCUGUCAAAGCUGCUACAGAAAAUGUUUUAG